GAGGGCGAGACUGAUCACGUGACCCAGCAAGAUGGCGACCACAAUGCAGAAUGGAUUUUGAGUGAUUUAAAUUGUCUGUUUUGCUGGAAAUUUGGAUCUUCGGGAUAACUGUUCUUCAUCAUAAUAGUCAUCAUCAUAUCCCAGAAUUAAGAUGGCCCUAAAUGUUUUUGAUCAUGAUGAAUACCGGCCACCAGUGUGGAAAUCUUACUUGUACCAGCUCCAGCAGGAGGCGCCGCACCCACGCAGACUCACCUGCACAUGCGAGGUGGAAAACCGACCUAAAUACUAUGGAAGAGAAUACCAUGGGAUGAUCUCCAGAGAAGAGGCCGACCAGUCGCUGAGUCAGGCCGAAGGCAGCUACCUCAUCAGGGAGAGUCAGAGACAGCCGGGCACGUACACUCUGGCUCUCAGGUUUGGAAACCAGACCAGAAACUUCCGUCUCUACCACGACGGGAAGCACUUUGUUGGAGAGAAGAGGUUCGAGUCCAUCCACGACCUGGUCACGGAUGGCCUCAUCACACUUUACAUCGAGACAAAGGCGGCGGAGUACAUCGCUAAGAUGACCAUCAACCCCAUUUAUGAGCAUGUGGGCUACACCACCCUGAACCAGGAGCCCACUCUGAAGAAACUCCUGCCUCAGAGUCCCGAGGCCCCGGAUGGACCGGCUCCAGCUAAAGAAGACAGUAAUGCAGAGGAGAGGCUCACAUCGCUGGUGCGGCGUGCCACCCUGAGGGAGAGCGACUUGGCGCCCAAAUACGAGAAGGUCCACAACUUCAAGGUUCAUACAUUCAGAGGCCCACACUGGUGCGAGUACUGUGCCAACUUCAUGUGGGGACUAAUCGCGCAGGGAGUCAAGUGUGCAGACUGUGGGCUCAAUGUUCACAAGCAGUGCUCCAAAGUGGUGCCGAAUGACUGCCAGCCGGACCUCCGUCACGUGAAGAAGGUGUACAGCUGCGACCUGACGACGCUGGUGAAAGCCCACAACACCAAGAGGCCCAUGGUGGUCGACAUGUGCAUACAGGAAAUCGAGGCGAGAGGUCUCCAGUCGGAGGGUCUGUACAGGAUAUCAGGCUUCAGUGAGCUGAUUGAAGAUGUAAAGCUGGCCUUUGACAGAGAUGGAGAGAAGGUGGACAUCUCCUCCAAUGCAUAUGAGGACCUGAACAUCAUCACUGGAGCGCUCAAACUCUACUUCAGAGAGCUGCCUAUCCCCCUCAUCACAUACGAUGCAUACCCACACUUUGUAGAAACAGGAAAGAUUACAGACACAGAGAAACGUCUGGAGUCUCUCCACGAGGCUCUGAAGCUGCUGCCGCCGGCUCACUGCGAGACGCUGCGGUACCUCAUGGGUCACCUUAAGAGGGUGACGGAGUACGAGAAGGAUAACCUCAUGACCAGCGAGAACCUGGGUAUCGUCUUCGGACCGACGCUGAUGCGGGCGCCCGGACUAGACGCCAUGACGGCGCUCAACGACAUCCGGUACCAGAGACUCGUGGUGGAAACGCUCAUCACCAAUGAGGACGUGUUGUUCUGAGAGGAGAGGAAGGGGAGUCAUCCGGGGAAAAGAUGGAGGAAGACUUUUUUACAAGAAGAAAAAUGGGACUGUUUUUGUAUGGAGUGGAUGGAGGGAACAAUGAAGGAAGACACCGUUUGCAAUGAAGGAAUUCAAUAAAAAAACAAAAAGUAAAUGGAAGUACAUUUUUUAUGUUAAACUCAUCAACAGACCUCACGUCAUAAAUUAGGGUAUUAUGAUGGUGUUAAUGAUCCUAAAAAGGUGUUAAUAGAGGCAUUAUUUUUGUUCUAACUGUGUGCUCCAUCUUUAUGGUAAAAUCUUUCUUGAAUGCCUCGACAGUUAAGCUUCAAACUCCACAAACAUUGGGCUAGCAUAGUUAGCAUUCAGAAAGCUAAUGAGCCUAUAAGCAUCAGAGAAAAAUACAAAAUUGAGUUUGCUUUCUUUCCCAUUGUUUCAAAACAUCCCUUCAAUCUUCCUCAAGAGAAGAAGAAGUGUUGACAGUACACAGCUAGAUGAAUGGAAAAAGGGACACUCAUAUCCAUACUGUGCACUCUUUCCUUUACAGCUGUUCUGUUCUGUUUCAUUGGCUGGAAUGUAAUUAUAAGUUCACAUGUGUCCUAUUUCAAGCUUUUUGUUUGUUGCAUUGCUGUGUAAUUACAUUACAGCAGAUGGAGCGGUACGUUAGAUGGUUCUUCUCACUUUUAAAACAUUGAAGGGAAGAUUUGGGAAUGUUUUAAAUAUCCAAUGGUGGGAAUAUUUAGCUUAAAUUGGCACACAGUUCAUUUGCAGGUGAAUACAGUAUGUGAAACAGUGCUUUGUUUUGCCAUUUGUAAUAAGCAGUAUUGUAAUGAAGCAGUGUUAAUAAAUAGAAUUUGUGCUCAAAAUAAUGAUUGAAAUAUUCUGGCUGCAACUCAACAGAUUGAGAGGAAGCUUUAUUAUCCCAAAAAUCAAGUCUGGAAUUGCAAUUUAAAGUGGGAAUUGGCGCUUCCCUGUGUUAACUGUUACAGUGUGAGGAAUAAUGAAAAACCACUUUAAUUUCACACUAAAUGCAAGUUAUUGUAAUCAAAUGCCACACAGAUGACUGAGUUUCUUCCAGAUGUGACCUGAUUGUGGGAUCAUCUGUAAUCUGAAGAAGUGUAUUUAACUUUUUAUUUGUGCCAUUUGGAAAGAGGUAAAGGUUAAAAGUGUUUGUGCAUGAUAAACCCACCUUGGUUAUUACACCAAACCUCCUUUUCCUUUAAGUCAACCCCCAUUUCUGUCGGGGUUAUGGGGUAUUUGCAAGAUGGAUGUAACAUAAAAGUAAAAUAACUUUCUAACAAAUGUUCCUGUGUUUAGUUUAUAUUCUACUAACUACCUAACCUGAUGUGAGCCUUCAUUGAUAUGUUUGUCAUCAUGAAAUGUACUUUUUUUUUACUACUGUCAUUGCUGUAAAUUAUUUUCUGUA